UUGACGUCUGUCCCCUUGGGACUGCAGUCGAUGAUGCCCUAAAUUCCGGCUGAAAGUGUUAUUAGAUUACUAGAGCUCGCUUGUGCUGAGAGGGCGGUGGGGGAGAAGAAAUGAGGAAGCGAGACUUGGGGAUUCUUAUGCUCUCUGCCUUUGCAAUCUUCUUCUCUCUGCAGCAUGAAGGUGAUCUUUCCUUUAAGGAGGCUUGGUUCCAUGUCACUGAUGAAUACCCAAUCAAAUAUGAGGCUGAGCGCCUUCCUCCACCAAUUGUUGCUGAUCUGAAUGGUGAUGGAAAAAGUGAAGUGCUUGUUGCGAACCAUGAUGCAAAAAUUCAGGUCCUCGAACCACAUGCUACACGUGUGGAUGAAGGAUUCAAUGAAGCACGAGUAUUGGCUGAGGUUUCUUUACUGCCAGAUAAGAUCCGCAUAUCAUCCGGGAGACGACCUGUUGCUAUGGCAGUAGGCUAUGUUGAUCGCAGUUAUAAACAUGGAGAAAUUAGGAAACAAGUUUUUGUUGUUGUUACAUCCGGCUGGUUAGUUAUGUGCUUUGAUCACAACCUUAAAAAGCUCUGGGAAACUAAUUUGCAGGAAGAUUUUCCACACGGUGCUCAUCAUAGAGAGAUAGCAAUUACUAUUAGUAAUUUCACGUUGAAGCAUGGAGAUGCAGGGCUAGUGAUUGUUGGUGCCAGGAUGGAAAUGAAACAUCAUACCAUGGAUUUCUUUGAAGAAAGCUUGCUGUCUGAUAAAAUUGAGGAGUUGCACCAGGGAAAUGCAAACGAGAAAGGGGCCUCUGGAAUCAAUGCAUCUGUAGAUCUACGCCAUUUUGCAUUUUAUGCAUUUGCGGGCCGCUCAGGUGCAAUCCGUUGGACUAGGAAGAACGAAAAUGUCCAAGUGGAAUCUUCUGAUGCAUUGAUUCCACAACAUAAUUAUAAACUUAAUGCACAGGCCUUGAAUAGUCGUCAUCCUGGAGAGUUUGAGUGCAGAGAAUUCAGGGAAUCACUUCUUGGAGUAAUGCCUCAUCGUUGGGAUAGAAGAGAAGAUACUUCCUUGGAGCUUGCACAUUUUAGAAAGCACAAAAGAAAAUCACUAAAGAGAAUAUCUGGAAAGUCCUCAACAAAUCCUUUGCAUAUGCCUGUUGAAAACAAUCCUCCUGGGAAGGAUUCAUCUAAUAAAAUUGCCAGGGCAAUUGGGAAAGCUGCAAGUUAUGCGGGCUCAGCAAAACAAAAGAAGAGGCAUCUUUAUGUUCCCACCAUAACAAAUCAUACACAGCUUUGGUGGGUCCCUAAUGUUGUUGUUGCGCAUCAGAAGGAAGGAAUAGAGGCUGUUCACAUUGCAUCUGGGCGAACAAUUUGCAAGCUGCAUCUUCCAGAAGGAGGUCUUCAUGCUGAUAUUAAUGGAGAUGGAGUUUUGGACCAUGUUCAGGUUGUUGGAGGACAUGGAGCCGAAAGAACUGUUGUGACUGGUUCCAUGGAAGUGUUGAAGCCCUGCUGGGCUGUUGCGACAUCUGGCGUACCUGUGCGAGAGCAGCUUUUCAAUGCUUCCAUCUGUCACCAUUCACACUUCAACCUAUUCCAGCACGGAGAAUUUGCAAGGAGUUUUGGCAGAAGAGUUGAUUCAGGCGCUUUGGAGGUGGCUACUCCGAUGCUGUUACUCAGAGAUGAUGGCCAUAAGAAUAAAAAAGGAAGUCAUCGCGACGUUGUCUUCUUGACAAGUCAUGGAGAGGUUACUUCAUACACACCAGGGUUGCACGGUGAAGGCGCCACUUGGAGAUGGCAGCUCACAACCGGUGCAACAUGGUCCAAUCUUCCUUCUCCAUCUGGAAUGACCGAAGAAGCUAAGGUGGUGCCUACUUUGAAAGCCUUUUCCUUGCGAGCACACGACAACAAGGAUGUGAUAAUCGCCGGCGGCGACCAAGAGGCUGUGGUCAUCUCUCCUGGAGGCAGCCUUUUAUCUUCAAUUGAGCUGCCUGGCUCUCCUACACAUGCCUUGGUCCUGGAAGAUUUCUCUGGUGAUGGCUUCACUGACAUUAUUCUGGUUACAUCCAGUGGAGUUUAUGGCUUUGUACAAACCAGGCAACCAGGAGCUCUUUUCUUCAGUACACUUGUAGGUUGCCUGAUCAUCAUCAUGGGAGUCCUUUUUGUAUCGCAGCAACUGAAUUCAAUGAACAAGACUAAACCAAGGGCUUCCAGUGAAUACAGAUGAAAUUUAUUGAUUAAUUUGAGAUCACUGGAGCAGAACACAAUAUGACUACCUAUACUGUAUGACCUGUUGGAUCUUCCAGGCUCGCUGCUGCUUGAAGAGUUACCUAUGUACACUGUCAUUCUGUCAUCUGUCAAAAACAUACAUUUUUUUUGUGGAGAUGGUUAUGCUCCUGAGGGAUGCCAAAGAAUAGUUGUUUGGGGUGAUAAUAGAAGUCAUUUUGUUGGUGAUAUUUUUGGUUUACUUAUUUUUCUUUUCAAUGUGUAAUGUAAUGACCCUGUGAAGGCCAUUGCAUUUUAAAUUUUAUCGACGUUAUAUGUAGAAGAUCCAUUUUCUGUAAAACUAAAAUAUUAAUUGUGCUGCAGAGGUAAUCCACACAA